AAAGUAGGAUGAAUAUGUUAUAAUUUCAUAUUUAGUACGUAAAUAUGGAAUACAAAUAUAUAUUAGAAAAAAUUUAUUAACUUAAAAUAUCAUCUCAAAACCACACAAAAACAUCGACUGUGACUUUAGUAGAGAAAAGAAUAAAUAAAUAUGGAUGAACGGGUGGAGUGGUUUGUGCUUAUAUGACGAGGUGUUCCAUUAGCUUAGAUUUAAAUCCGGUUGAUGCCCUACUGUACUAGUCUAAAUUCACAAAGCAAUUGUUUUCUGCUCUUUGAAUGGCUAUCCAUCCCCUUGGAUUGAAUAGCAGCAAGCAAUCUUUAAUGGAUAUAAUGGGAUUGACGAAAAACACUGCAUAUUAGUCCCUUUAUACAUCAUUCUCCCCACUGACUAAAAAAUCCAUUUCCACUUUCACUUAUGUAGCUAAAUGAAUAAUGGAAACAAUUUGCUUAUACCACUUGUCACUCUCACUCACUGCCUCAGUUGAAUUUAAUGAUUGUUAAUUAUGUAGGUAGUAGUAGGAGGAGGAGAAGGCGAGUUUUUUUAUCAACUUGCCAAUAUAUCCCUCCCUAAUGGCAUACAUUAGAUUAAUUUUUUUUCUUCUCCUCCAGCAUUUGGUUUCAUCUAAUCAUCAUCAUUCUUUGCUUCAAGACAAGGCUGCACUUCUGGCAUUCAAGAAAUCGAUAUUUGAUCCUAAAUCCGCACUUACCAACUGGAUAGAUGUUGUUCCUGUCUGCAACUUCAGUGGCAUCACAUGUAACAAGCAACAUCACCGUGUGCAGGAAAUCAACCUGUCUGGAUACGGACUUGGGGGGAAAAUUUCACCUUUCCUUUCAAACCUCACCGGCCUUCGACACCUAAAGCUUAAUGAAAACCAUUUCUACGGCGCCAUCCCCCCAGAACUUUCCUCCCUCCGUCGCCUAACCAUGUUUAUUGUUAUGGAAAACUACUUGACAGGUAGCCUGCCGCCUUCCUUUUUCUCCAACUGCACUAACUUAUUGGUCAUAGAUGCCUCUGUCAACAACUUCACAGGUCAAAUUCCUGACCAAAUUGGAGACUGUCCAGAUUUAUGGUCCCUCAAUUUAUACAACAAUCAAUUUACAGGCGAACUUCCUGCCUCCCUAGCCAAUAUUUCACUGUAUAGUCUCGAUGUGGGAUACAAUCUUCUUUCAGGUGAACUGCCUUCAGACUUGGUACGGAAGUGGCCUGAUCUUGGAAAUCUCUAUUUAUCAUAUAACAAAAUGACCAGUCACGACAACAACACCAACCUCUAUCCAUUCUUUGCUGCAUUGAGAAACUGCAGCAAUUUGAGUGAGGUUGGAUUGGUUGGCAUGCAACUUGGAGGAAGAUUACCAACCUCCAUCGCUCAUCCUACUCUACGCUUGCUAGACUUGCAAGACAACCACAUCUCUGGACCCAUUCCUCGAGAAAUCGGGAACCUCACGAAUAUUACAAUGCUGAGCUUGACGUCCAAUCUUCUAAAUGGAACAAUCCCGGAGGAGAUUAGUCUAUUGUCAAUGCUAGAACAGCUUUUUUUGUCCCACAACUUUUUAAGUAGCAGAAUUCCUGCAACAUUAAGCAAGCUCAAUCAUCUCGGUCUGAUUGAUCUAUCAAGCAACAAAUUCUCCGGUGAGAUUCCACCCAGCUUGGGAGAUUUGGGACAACUUCGUUUUUUGUUUCUCAAUAACAACCUCCUUUCAGGGUCAAUACCACCAAAACUACUAAACUGCAGAAAUCUCAACAUGCUUGAUCUAUCCUACAAUCAAUUGACAGGGAGAAUCCCUCCAGAGAUAGCUGAGCUACGUGAAAUCCGAAUAUCCAUAAAUUUGUCACACAAUCAUCUCCAAGGACUGUUGCCGAUCGAGCUCAGCAAGCUAGAAAAUGUUUUAGAAAUGGAUCUUUCAUCAAACAACCUCAGUGGGAACAUCUUCCCUCAAAUAUCAAGCUGUAUCGCGGUGACUAUCAUAAAUUUCUCACAUAACAAUCUUCAAGGGCAGCUUCCGGAUUCACUAGGUGAUCUGAGGAGCCUCCAGGUAUUUGAUGUUUCAAGAAACAACAUAUCUGGAAAGAUACCAAUGAGCCUGAGCAAAAUCAACCUCACAUUUCUCAAUCUUUCUUUUAAUGACUUCAAUGGAAUGAUUCCCUCUGGUGGGAUCUUCAAUUCAUUCACAAAUAUGUCAUUCUUGGGCAAUCCGAGUUUGUGCGGAGUUGCUUCGAGUAGGCCAAUUUGCCCUCAUAAGAAACACUGGUUUCGAUCGCGUAUGUUCCUGGUUAUCUUUGUCAUAAUCAUAGUUGUUUCAGUGCUGUUAUCCACAGUAUGCUGUAUGAUUGGAAUCCGGCACAUUAAACUGAUGGUUUCCUCCAGGAAAAUUGAAGGAUCAAGAAGAAAGUCUGCAGCACUGAAAAUAACACAAAAUUUCCCCAGGCUGACAUACAAAGAGUUAUCAGAUGCCACUGGGGGAUUUGAUGAACAUAAACUAAUUGGUACAGGUAGCUAUGGGCGUGUUUACAAAGGAGUUCUUCCGGAUGACACAAGCAUUGCCGUAAAAGUGUUACAUUUGCAGUCUGGAAAUUCCAUAAAAAGCUUCAACAGAGAAUGCCAAGUUCUGAAGAGGAUUCGGCACAGAAACCUCAUUCGAAUCAUAACAGCCUGCAGUUUACCAGAUUUUAAGGCUUUGGUUCUUCCUUACAUGGCAAAUGGAAGCUUAGACAGCCGUCUCUAUCCGCAUUCUGAGUCAGGCUUUUCGGAUUUGACUCUAACUCAAAGAGUUAGCAUUUGCAGUGACAUUGCUGAAGGGAUGGCCUAUCUGCAUCACCAUUCCCCUGUCAGAGUCAUACACUGUGAUCUAAAGCCCAGCAACGUUCUCCUAAAUGAUGAUAUGACUGCACUGGUUUCCGACUUUGGGAUUGCAAGGCUAGUUACCACAGCUGGAAAUGGUGGUGGUGGUGGUGGUGGUGGGGCUAUAGACAACAUGGGAACUUCCACUGCAAAUAUUUUAACCGGAUCCGUAGGUUACAUUGCACCAGAGUACGGAUUUGGAUCAAAUACAUCCUUCAGGGGAGAUGUGUACAGCUUUGGAGUUGUAGUUCUUGAGAUGGUGACACGAAAACGACCCACUGACGACAUGUUCGUUGGGGGUUUAAACCUGCAAAAAUGGGUGAAAAAUCACUACCAUGGAAGGCUAGAAAAAGUGGUUGAUUCAUGUCUGGUGAGUGAUUCAAGGGAUCAGUCAGCUGAAGUGAAACGAAUGUGGGAAGUGGCCAUUGAAGAACUUAUAGAGUUGGGUAUUUUAUGCACCCGGGAAACUCCAUCUAAUAGGCCUACCAUGCUUGAUGCCGCUGACGAUCUCGAUCGCCUUAAGAGAUACCUUAGUGGGGAUUCCACUGUCACCUUCGCCUCUUCUCUGGGAAUUUCUUCUUCCACUCUAAGUAAUGACUAACACCCAUCAUUGAUUGUAUUUGGUGUAUAUAUAAAUAAAAACUUUACACUGAUACUAAUA